AUGUUAAGGGUAAACUACACCGUACUCUUAUCUAACAAUGGGCAAGCCAUGAACGAGGCACCUAAAGAAUGCGACUCGAAUGCUAAAAUUGUGAAAGGCAAAUUGAAUCAGUUUCUGACCCCAUUCGAGAUAGCGAGUGUGUUCGCGGCGUACGACCUGGGCUGUGCCAUAACCUUAUUCAAUGCUGAUAGUUUAGAAGACCACUUUGGAGCCACUAUAUGUAUCGGCGUUGGGCUACUGUUGGCCGCUGUUGUAACCAUGUUCAGCACGUUCGGAAUUAUUUACGAGAAUCUAUACGUUUUGGUGGUAGCAAGGUUUUUAAUAGGAUUGUUUUCGGGGCAUGUUUUACCGCAGAUGAGCAUUUUGAUGAUGGAUUGGAGUCCUAUGUAUGAAAGAAAUGUUUUUGGAGCCAUUCUUUUCGGUUCUAGCGUUGGUGUGAUCGUCACAUUUUCGGCGUGCAGUUGGACCACCAGAACUUGGGGCGCCGAUUUGGUUAUUUACUCCACCGGUGGAAUAACGGUGAUUUGGUCUGCAAUUUGGCUAUGGUAUGUUAGUGACGUUCCAAUACGUCACACUCGAAUCACACAAGAAGAAUUAAAUGAGAUAGCUUGGCAGCGUGUGUCAGUCGAUAUGUUCAGGGAUAGAAGAAGGAGGACGCCAUGGUCUAAAAUAUUGCACUGCUCGAAAAUAAGGGCCUUGUUUGUAUUAUUGUGCUGCAAUGGGUGGAAUUUGAACUAUUUUAGGUACUACGGACCUUUAUAUUUCAAGCGCAUUACGUCUUCUACAAACAGUGGAGCAUUCUGGUUAACUUCAGCUGCAUUUUUGACCAGAAUGGUAUUGGGUAUUCUGUGUUUACCUCUGCUGAGAUACAUCAUAAUACAAAAUAGAAUGUCGGUGACUGUACUAAGAAAGUCAAUCGCUUUUAUUGCGCAAGUAAUUCCUGGAACGAUAGCGUUAACGACAAUUGCCGUACACUGCAAGGAGUCGGUGAAUAUUGUGAUUGGACUUUUAAUUCUUGGUUUUAACGGUGCCUUUAUUGGUAGCGGCUUUAUAAAUGCGUUAGAUUUGGCGCCUCAUUUUGCACAGGCACUUUUUGCACCCAUGCAAGCUUUAAUUUGCGUCAUAACAGCGGUUAUGCCGUUUAUGGUUGCCUACAUCUCAGAGUUGGUUAAGGAGAAGGUGUACGUCAACGUGAUGAUGAUCGGUCUCGUUUAUGUGGUUGGAGGGCUUACAUUCAUAACCUUUGGAUCAGCUACCGUACAGCCUUGGGAUAUAGCCGAAGCAAGGCGCAUGGUUCAGUCAUCGAUAUCAGUGACGCAUUUGGGAUAUGAACUUGAUAGAGAAGCAGAUGACGAUGAACAGAACUCGGGAUUGUGCUAGUAAAACGAAUUAAUAAUAAUAAAUGGUGAGAGGAGAGGGGGUUCUCUAACUAGUUUAACUUAUGUGUACCCGCAUUUAAAUAAAUUUAAAAUUACUUUAUAA